AUGCCACAGAAACCAUUGAAGGUAACGAAGAAAGCCAAGGAUCCACGGAGAGUUACUAAGAAGCAGAAGAAUCUGAGGAAAGCUGCUCCAAUACAGAUCAAAUCUAAGAAGAAGUCCCUACGCCACUUGAAGAAGCUGAGUAAGACUUCAUCUUUGACAGAGGCUACAGAAAGAUUGGUUGCUAGUAAAGUCGGUCACUUGGAGUUGUUAAGAGGUACCAGAAAGGAGAUUGAGGCUGCUAACAAGAAGAAAUGA